AUGAAACCCGAAGUACCACCGUUUAGUUUCGAGCUCUUCCAAUACAAGCCCUUGACAUCACCGUCAUGCAUACGGCUUCUGUCAUUUGUGCGAAGGGCAGGCGCUAACAAAUGCCCUGUGUCGAUAUGCGGCCACGACCUCAUUGAAUGCGUCAUUCGACACGUCGACCUCGCCGAAAACCCAACAUACGAUGCCUUGUCCUACACCUGGGGCAACCCCAAGGCCGUCAAGGGAGACUCGGCGGAUGACUACGCCAUCACGAACCGGUGGCCCAUCAUCGCCAACGGUAGACUUCUGUACGUGACGAAGAGCCUGCACGAGGCACUGGUUGCACUCAACAGUGAGGCUUGGACUGCUCGAGAAGAGGCCGACGGGGCAGAUGAGACUUUUCCGCCGUACAACAAGACUGAGCUGAUCCGCGCCGCCGAGGAGGGACGCCUCGCCGAUGUCCAGUCCGCCAUCCAUCGGGGUGCCAACCUUACCAGCCAGGACGUGUUCGGUGAGACGGCGCUGCACUACGCUGCUGAGAAUGGUCAUCUGGAUAUCGUGAAGAUGCUACUGCAGCACGGCGCGGAUAGAGAGAGGAUAGACUCUUCGGGGAGGACGCCCUUGGCUUGUUGCCUCCAGCGACAGCGUCGACAGCACGAGCAGGUCGCUAACGUUCUUCGUGCUCCCACGUCAGUGACUCUCGGUCCUACCGAGUAUUCGACGGUGAGGGACCUCUGGAUUGAUGCAGUGUGCAUCAAUCAAGAGGACAUCGACGAGCGAAACGCCCAGGUGUCCAUGAUGGCCCGAAUCUAUAGUAGCGCGCGUUCGAGCAUCGUAUGGCUUGGGCCGGAGGAUAAUACCACUCGCAUCGCCCGGGAUGCCGUCAGUCGUCUCAACGCGGCCUCUUUCCAAGCCUGCAGGGAGGCUGCGUGGCAGUUUACCAACAAGAGUCAUGAUCACCGCCACGAUGGCCACCAACAUGAUACGGAGGACGUUGGCGGAAUCUCGGUGCCACAAUUCCAGGCUGUUCUGGACCUCAUCCGGCGGUCCUGGUUUGAGCGGACCUGGGUCCUGCAGGAAGUAGUUCUUGCCAAGGACGUCGAGAUCCUAUGUGGGUCUCAGAGGUUUACAUGGAUGGAGCUUUUCGAGCUCGUCCAGCACCGACUAGGCGGCGACGAAGAUGUACAUAUCAUGGGACUACCACAGCAUCCUAACAGCAACCGUCACAAGGGAGCCAAGGGAAUGGGUGCGUGGGUCAUGACGGACCUUAGACUUCGACUGCGGUUUGACACGCUUGAGCGGCAGCACGUCCGACAAAUCGAGGAAAUGGAGGGGCGGGUAGACCAUAGCUGGGACGAGAAGCUCAGCUUAUGCGCAGUCCUAGUUCUGACGUGGAACUUUGAGGUCACAGAUCCCAAGGACAAGGUCUUUGCACUUCUGAGCAUUGCAGCGCCGCUGGAUUGCGGCGACGAGAUUGUUGUGGACUACCGGAGAUCAACUAAAGAUGUCUUCACGGAACUUGGUAGGGUCUUUGUCGUGGCCAGAGGUAACAACAAGAUUCAGAGCUUCCACAGCGGGGAUGUCGAGGAGUUUGAACCCCUUGAGGGCCUCUCCUUUGUCCAGGCACCAUUGUGUGAGAACAGCUACUGCAACGUGCUGCCAUCCCACAAUAAGAAUCAACGCCCCACCGGGCUUCCAUCAUGGGUGCCCGCCUUCAACAAACCGCUCACAACUGAAAGACUGUGGAGAACAAGUUUCACUGCUGCAUCUGCCCGGGAACCGAAAAUCCACCCUUCAGCCCCGUCGGUACUCAAGCUCGAUGGGUAUGAGUUUGAUAAGAUUGUUGAAAUGGAAGAUAAGCCACAUGAAAGAGAAAUCGGUGACGGUAUCAGCUACGAUAUAUUCUCGUGGCUUAACCUGGUGCAGCUUGGUGAAAAAGGCGCUUCGGAAAUCAGUCAGAUGGAGGUUCUUUGGCGGACGCUGAUGUUCGAUCACUUAUGGGCUGGCGGGCUGGAAGCUGCGAAACAGUCUUUCAGAAGAUUUAUUAGCGAGAAUUUACGAAUGGGAAAUGGCCAAUCAGAGCAGGACAAGGCUAGAGUGAGCCUAUACUCAGAGCUUCAGGCGGCCGACACCUCGCAAUCCCUUCCGUCACUGCAAGAGAUCGAGGAAUUCAGGGCAGAAGACGCAGGUCACAACUGCCGACCCGAUGCAGUUUCUGAAGUGAGCAGCUUCCAUUCCGCCUUCUACCGGCACUACCGCGCACGAUGUCUAUUCAGGACCGAAACCGGGUGUUUUGGUCUGGGACCAAGAACUGCGCGGGUAGGAGACACGGUGUGGCUGCUGAGUGGUGCCCGGACUCCCUUCAUUUUAAGGCCGGUGCAUGGACUACAUGGUGACGGGCAAUCGUCCUUCAUUGGGGAAGCCUACGUUCAUGGAGUCAUGGAUGGAAAGCUUUCGCAGGAAAGAGGAUCCAAUUUCGAGCCGGUGCAGAUCGUCUAG